GCAUUUCAGUAGCCUAUAUCCAGCCACUCCAGGCAUGGAAAAAUCAAAUUUGAAUUGAACUUCGUCAUUUAAUGCCUUCACCUACAACCUGCCUAUUUUGAGAAACAUCUUUUUUAAGGCCUUUAAUGCUCUUUGUUGCUUUCUUAUGUGAUGUACUCUUUUCACCAUCACCACCGCUUUCUUCAUUCUUGCCUUGCCUGGCUGCUUUACACCACGCCCACCCUACUUUUUAUUUAGUCCAUUUUUGCUUAGACACUUUCUGAAGAAAGACUUUGCAUGUGCUUAACAGUAUCUCUUUUUCGGAAAGGGUGUAGGGUUUGUUUCUUGAUCUAGUCAACCUGCAGAUUCUCCUUUUCAGCUUUUCUGGGCUCGAGGGUUGUGAAUUUUACGAGGUGAUAUACAAGAGCAAACAUCGAGUGUUCAGGAUCUUGGAAAAGAAUAGCAAAAUGGAAGAUGAUUUGUUGUAUUCAAUGCAAGAGUUAUAAACUGACAGAGAACUGGGAGAUCAGGAUAAUUCAGCUAUUUUAGAUGUCAACCAUGGAUGAACGUCAAUUUAAUGCGAGGGAAAUCUUUGUUAGUUACAUCUAAAGAUAUUGCCUUGCAUUUCCUUAGUUCCGGAAAACAUCUCAAUCGGAAAAAAUCAAGAGAAGAAGAAAGAAUCAGAAUUGAUUGAUAGAGCGUAACUUCAAUAAUAGGGAAGCCAAUGGCGUUUGCACAAUUUAUAAUUUUUCUGUUGUUUUUGGAUUUGUGGGGACAGGUUUUAGGCUUGGGGUCAAUGUCUUCCAUCGCCAUUUCUUAUGGUGAAAAUGGUCCUGUUUUCUGUGGAAUAAAAUCAGAUGGCUCUCAUCUUGUUACUUGCUAUGGGUCCAAUUCGGCUAUUACCCGUGCAGUUUCAGCUCAUCUCCCUUUUAGUGGUCUGACCGCUGGGAAUGGCUUCGUAUGUGGACUUCUGAUGGACUCGAAUCAACCUUAUUGUUGGGGAAGUAGUGGAUUCGUUCUGAUUGGUGUACCUCGGCCAAUGGUUAAGGGUUCUGAAUACUUGGAAAUUAGUGCGGGUGAUCACCAUUUGUGUGGCUUGAGAAAACCCUUGACAGGAAAGGACAGGAACAUUUCUUUAGUUGAUUGUUGGGGCUAUAAUAUGACCAAAAGCUAUGAGUUUGAUGGGCAGAUCCAAUCUAUCUCGGCAGGGUCAAAUUUUAACUGUGGCUUGUUUUCUCAAAAUAGAAGUGUUUUCUGUUGGGGAGAUGAUACUGGGAGCGGAGUAAUAGGCCUUAUCCCCGUGGGGAUGAGGUUUCACAGGAUUGCAGCUGGGGGGUUCCAUGUCUGUGGGAUACUAGAGGGUGUGGAUUCUCGAGUCUUCUGUUGGGGGAGCAUGGACUUCGACGGAGAAAACUUUGCAUCUUUAGUGGAUUCUGGCCGACUUAAUGUGGACUUGACACCGAAUGAUCCAAUGCUUUCAGUUGUCGGGGGAAGAUUCCAUUCUUGUGGCAUCAAAAGCUAUGAUCAUGAAGUGGUCUGUUGGGGUCAUCAUGUUGAGAGAAGUACCCCUCCUCCGAAUCAUGUUAGGUUCUACGAGAUUGCAGCAGGUGAUUACUUCACUUGUGGGGUUCUCUCUGUUGCAUCUCUCCAACCUGUUUGUUGGGGAGCUGGAUUUCCAUCCUCUCUGCCACUAGCUGUUUUGCCCGGACCUUGCAAGCAUGAACCUUGUACAUCUGAUUUCUAUGAGUUUAAAAAUGGAAGUGCUCGUUGCAAAGUUUGUCUGCACUGUAGCAAUGGCUGCCCUGACGAAAUGUAUCAAGUUUCUGCAUGCACUUCGACUUCAGACAGGCAGUGCAGAUACAACUGUUCAAGUUGCAUAUCACGCAACUGCUUCUCCAACUGUUCCGAUGCUACUGGUAAUGGAAAGAAGAAUAGAAAAUUUUGGUCACUGCAGCUGCCAGUCAUUGUUGCAGAGAUUGCCUUUGCUGUUUUCUUGGUGACUGUUGCAUCUUUGACUUCAAUUAUAUAUGUUCGUUACAAGUUAAGAAACUGUAGAUGCGCAGGAAGAGCUUUUGCGUCCAAGAAAAACAGCAAAGUUGGUUCUUUCCAGAAAGAUAGUGGGAAAAUUCAGCCAGACUUGGACGAGCUUAAAAUUAGGAGAGCUCAAAUGUUCACAUAUGAGGAACUUGAGAGAGCUGCUAGUGGAUUCAAGGAAGAAUCACAGGUGGGAAAGGGUAGUUUUUCGCGUGUUUUUAAAGGGGUGUUGAAGGAUGGAACUGUAGUUGCAGUGAAAAAGUCUAUUAUGUCUCCUGAUGUAAAGAAAGAUUUGAAGGAGUUCCAUACAGAGCUAGAUUUGCUUUCACGGUUAAAUCAUGCUCAUUUGCUUAAUUUACUUGGUUAUUGUGAAGAAGGUGGAGAAAGGCUUUUGGUUUAUGAAUUUAUGGCUAAUGGAUCCUUGCAUCAGCAUCUCCAUGGACAGAAUAAGGCACUAAAAGAGCAAUUGGAUUGGGUGAAGAGGGUAACUAUUGCAGUCCAAGCAGCUCGGGGAAUUGAAUACCUACAUGGUUAUGCUUGCCCCCCUGUAAUUCAUCGAGACAUAAAAUCUUCUAACAUCCUAUUAGACGAAGAACACAAUGCCCGUGUUGCCGACUUUGGUCUGUCUUUACUGGGACCUGCAAAUAGUAGCUCCCCUUUGUCUGAGCUACCUGCUGGAACUCUUGGAUAUCUCGAUCCUGAGUACUAUAGACUUCACUAUCUCACUACCAAAUCUGAUGUCUAUAGCUUUGGCGUUUUGCUUUUGGAAAUUCUCAGUGGUCGAAAAGCCAUUGACAUGCAAUAUGAGGAAGGAAAUAUAGUCGAAUGGGCUGUCCCUUUGAUCAAGGCUGGUGAUAUACUAGCCAUUUUGGAUCCCGUUUUGAAACCCACGAGCGAUCUUGAAGCUUUGAAACGAAUUGCAAAUGUAGCUAGCAAAUGCGUACGAAUGAGAGGCAAGGAGAGGCCAUCUAUGGAUAAAGUGACAACUGCUUUGGAGCGUGCACUUGCACUCUUGUUGGGUAGACCGAGCAACGAGCAACCUAUUUUGCCAACUGAGGUAGUUUUGGGUAGUAGUCGAUUGCACACCAAGUCUUCUCAAAUAUCUUCAUACCGGUCUACCUCAGAAACAGAUAUUGCAGAAAAUGAGGAUCAAAAAUUUGAAUUCAGAGCUCCCUCGUGGAUUACUUUUCCUAGUGUUGCAUCGUCUCAGAGGAGGAGAUCGUCAGUUUCAGAUGCGGAUGUUGAUGGAAAGAACUCGGAAGCGAAAAACGUAGGAAACAGCGCUAGUGGAGGCGAAGGGUUGAGAAGUUUAGAAGAAGAAAUUGGACCAGCUUCUCCUCAAGAACACUUGUUCUUGCAGCACAACUUCUAAUUGACAUGAAGAAAUUCAUAGUUACUUUUUGAUGGUGUUUACUUUUCAUCAAAGCAAAAAAAUGUAUAGACAUAGGAGAAAUGUUGCUUUGUUGAUCACCAAACCAAACCUACUGUCAUCACCUCCACCAUUAAUUAUAAUCAUUACUUAUAAUUGAAAAAUACUUCACUAAGUUAUGAAUUGAGCCAUACUCCUUUUAUGGAAUUUGGUGGGCAUAUAGUAGUUGUAAUCUUUCUAUCAUUGUGCCUUAAGCUAAACAAGAUUAUUCCACUCUCUAA